GGAGAGCACCGAGCUGGGAGAAAACGGCUCCGUCCCGUCAACGCGGCUGCUGGUGUUUAACUAGGAUUCGUGCGGACUUACUGUUUGGAUGGGUUUUUGAAUGUAGCUGGUUGCUUUUCCUUUGCUGUGCCGGUGUGCUGGGUGUCUGUGUGCUUAGCGGGACGUUGCUCGGUGUCUCCGGUACGCAGCCCAGUGCCCCAGCGUCUUACUUGUAUUAUCUGACUGGCCCUGUGCUUAGAGGGCUCUGUGAUCGGUUGUACGUCAAAGAAAACAUGGCAGAUCCUUGGCAAGAAUGUAUGGAUUAUGCAGUUACGUUAGCAAAGAAGGCUGGGGAAAUAAUCCGUGGAGCACUCAAAGAAGAAAAAUCCAUUAUGGUUAAAAGUUCACCAGUUGAUCUAGUGACUGAAACUGAUCAAAAAGUAGAAAACUUCAUUAUCUCAUUGAUAAAAGAAAAGUAUCCUUCUCACAGCUUUAUUGGAGAAGAAUCCGUUGCAGCUGGAGAGGGCAGCAUUUUGACAGAUAACCCCACAUGGAUUAUAGACCCUAUUGAUGGAACUACCAACUUUGUACACAGGUUUCCAUUUGUGGCAGUUUCAAUUGGCUUUGUUGUAAACAAAAAGAUGGAGUUUGGAAUUGUGUAUAGUUGUGUUGAAGACAAGAUGUAUACUGCCAGAAAAGGAAAAGGUGCAUUUUGCAAUGGUCAGAAACUUCAAGUAUCAGGCCAAGAAGACAUCACAAAAUCCCUUUUAGUAACAGAAUUGGGAUCAAAUCGUGAUCCAGAGACUAUAAAAAUAGUUCUUGCUAACAUGGAAAGACUCCUCAGUAUUCCUGUUCAUGGGAUUAGAGCGGUUGGUACAGCAGCUGUGAACAUGUGCCUUGUGGCAGCGGGUGGAGCUGAUGCCUAUUAUGAAAUGGGGAUUCACUGCUGGGAUAUGGCAGGGGCUGGAAUCAUUAUUACUGAAGCAGGCGGUGUACUCCUAGAUGUAUCAGGUGGACCAUUUGAUUUGAUGUCUCGGAGAAUAAUUGCAGCAAGCAGUCAAGCUAUUGCAGAGAGAAUAGCCAAAGCACUUCAAAUAAUUCCUCUGAGAAGGGAUGAUGCAACUCACUGAAUACCAAAGCUACACCUUAAACAUACAGUUAUACAGUGGUUCUCUCUCUCAUGUAGUAGCUGUUCUACACCUAGAACCUGAUGGAGGGGGAAAAAAAAAAAAAGAUGGUAUUCUUUCAAUACUGGAUAGUUUAUGGUGUGACUGCAAAGUAGUGUUUUGAGAUUGGACCAAGAUCUAAGUAAGCUUUUACUGUCAAUUAUUCUGUUUAGCAUUAAAAACACAUAGAUCUAUAAAAGGAAGCAAAUACAUACAGCUGCUGUUUUGAAGCUUUAUACUACGCUGGAAGGCACAGCAUAAGACCCUUUGUUUAGUUACACAAUAAUAAAACAGUAUUCACUAUCUCAACACCACAUAAUUGCAUUUGACCUUGAACCCCAAAAGCUGAAGGCGGCAAUAUACUGUUGAUCCAGUCUCUAACCUUCUCUCUCAUGACUGUUGUUUCUUUCUCAGUGUCAUCAGCAUAUCAAUUUCCUUAACUUGUUAGAAUUUUUUCUAGAAGCAGUUCACGUGUUUCCAAAUGUUUUUUAGUUGCUUGUAGUUCAGGAUCUAAUUUGAAGCCUUUUUUAGUUACCUGUCUUUGUUUUUGUAGUCAUGGUUCUACCUUUCUUACAUUAGAUAAACACAGUCUGUUCUUUUGCUUUUUAUGUGGCCAGUAUACUUGCAUAUUUAUUACAGUUUCAAAAAUAAUAAUUACUACACAAGAAAACGUGUUUCUCCCAGGAAUAAGUUCUGAGCACACUUCCUAUUGACAGAUGGACUUGCUCUAAAUUAAGAUUGAAGUAUGACUUAGAUUUGUCCUGUCAGUUGGAAUCAUGAGCUCGUACCAGGUUCUCAAUCUUAUUCUUGGGAACUAAUACCCAUUAAUCUUGUUUGGGUUCCUCCAUGGUGAAUUUAUUUCAGAACCUAAGGAAUAAUUAAAGUCUGAGCUGGCAGAAAAUAAGUCAGUAGUCCAGGCUUCUUAAGUAAUUCUCUGUAAGUUAUAAAAGCAAUGACUGAGUUCAGGUUUCCAUUGUGUUAUAUUGAUUACAAGCACAAAGAAAAUAUGUUUCUAAACCUAAAUGUUUAUAUAUCUAAGAACUACCAGUAAUCUAAAGCUUUCUGUUUAUAGUUCUACACUUAUAAAACUAUACUGUUCUUUGCAUUUUUGUAUUUAAAAGUGUCAGUCUACUGAUGAAACAAUGAAUGCACUUUAAAAAAACCUUAAUUUAGAUUGGUUUUUAACCUGAUUUUUUGCGUCUAAGAUUUCCAAAAGAAAGUUGUCUUAUGGAGAUUGUCCAGUCAAAACACAGCAAUGUUUUUGGAAAACCUGACUUCUUGUACUGCUGUCCCAGUAUUUCUGUUUUGGAAAAUGAUCUUCUCUCUUGAAAGUUCCGGCAGAUGUCUUAUGUAAUAUGAGCCUUUAGUAUCAAUUGGGUUUUUUUUUUUGCAGAUCUUGCUGAAAUGUAUUUGAAACUGUAUUUAAUGCCAAAUGAUUAACAUUAAUGAGAGCAGCAACUGCUUGAUAUUGAUAGGUCUUUGUCAAAAAAAAAAAAGUGUUGUCAUUUGACAUGGAUAGGAACUGUUUCCGCAUUUCACUGUAACUUUAUUGCUGUAAAUGAUUUGGGAUCAUUGUUAUUUCUUGAGUGUGGCUGUUGUACCAUUUCUCUGGCUUUUGUAGAACAAACCUUGCAUAACUUGUUUUUAAACUCAUUAACUUGUGAAAGAGAGACAGAUCUUAAAAAAAAAAAAGAGAAUGUGUUCAAAAUAAAUGGGUCCUGGAGCUGCAGCUGCUUCAGGUGUGCUUCCCUGCUUAA